AACACUUCUUUAAAAUAGACUCCAUAAAAGAAAAAAGUAUUUCACUAUCAUGAUAGAAGUGACAUUUUCGCUAAUUCUGUCAGAUCAUUUGAUAACCACAACAGUUGCUUUUGGAAAGCUAAACAAAAUUUUAGUGAUGAAGUUUUAGUAAAUCGUAAAGAUGCAUACACAUUUUCCGGAUAAGAUCGACUGGCCAAAUGCUAAGGAAAGUGCGAUCUUGUGUGAACCAGCGUGCUCACUACUCUUUCUCACGUUCAUAUAAUGAGCGAAUUGAAAACUACAGCAUCCGAGGAACACACGUUGUCAACAAAGGGAUAUAAACUAGUUAAAUUCGUUGGUGAAGGAGCGUACGCUAAGGUAUUUUUAUCAGAGUACUCCAAGGACGACCAACAGUUAAUUCUCGCAUGCAAGAUUAUAGAAACGUCGAAGGCUCCGAAAGACUUCGUGGUAAAGUUCUUGCCGCGAGAAAUCGACGUUCUCAUACGACUCAACCAUCCGCACCUCAUACACGUCCAUAGCAUAUUUCAGAGAAAGACAAAAUAUUAUAUUUUUAUGCGAUACUCUGAGAACGGCGACCUUCUCGGGUAUAUAUUGAAGAACGGUUGCGUGUCGGAGAACCAGUCUCGAGUGUGGAUCAGGCAGCUGGCGCUCGGGUUGCAGUACCUGCACGAGUUGGAAAUUACGCACCGCGAUAUUAAGUGUGAAAACGUAUUGCUCACCGCCAACUACAACGUCAAGCUGUCAGACUUUGGCUUCUCUCGAUUCUGUGUGGACGAGGAAGAUCAGCUCAUUCUGAGCGAGACUUACUGUGGGUCCAUGUCCUACGCCGCGCCGGAGAUCCUCCGAGGAAAGCCUUACUUGCCGAAGCCCACGGACUUAUGGUCGCUCGGUAUUGUACUUUUUGUGAUGCUGAACAAAUCUAUGCCCUUCGAUGAUACGCGCAUGCGAAAAUUGUAUGAGCAACAGAUGGGAAAAAAGUAUAGAUUUAGAUCUCGUAUUGCUAACACGAUCUCUCUGGAGUGCAAGACUGUUGUGAAACAUUUGUUGGAGCCCGACCCGGGCCUCCGCCACACCGCUAACCAAUUGCUGAACUCAGACUGGAUUGCUAUGGAUAGCAGACUGACAAGUAUUUACUUUCUAUUUAUUUUAAUACAUCUUAAUUUGUUGAUUUCGAUAUAAAUUUUUCUCGUAGCAUUAAAUGCAGUUGAAGCGACAGCACUAAAAAGAGCUAAAGAAGAGCGUCGUAAACUAUCUGACUCCCAUAAAAAUCUAGCGAAUCGACAAGGAGAUAUCUUAGAAAGGGGUGCAAAAGGCUCAAUUUACAGGGUAAAUUCUAAAACUUUCAAAUACUCAUUUUAGUACGUAGAAGACGAAUUAAAACUUACUACAUCUGAGCAAUUGACACUUCAAGCCCGCGGAUAUAGCGUGAUAAAGAAAAUAAACGAGGGAUCUUAUGCUAAAGUAUAUUUGGCAGAGUAUAGAAAUCCUAGCAAAACCGACCGAAUAGCAAUAUUAGCAUGUAAAGUAAUUGAUACCAGUACUGCUCCAAAAGAUUUCGUAAAAAAGUUCCUUCCAAGAGAAAUCGAAAUGUUGAUAAAGUUGAAUCAUCCUCACUUGGUGCACACGCACAGCAUCUUCCAAAGGCGGUACAAAUACUUUAUUUUCAUGAGGUUCAUGGAGCACGGCGAUCUUCUUGAAUACAUAUUACAGAAGGGAGCCGUGCAGGAGGAUCAGGCACGAAUAUGGACCAGGCAGUUGGCGCUCGCCAUACAAUACAUGCACGAGUUGGAAAUAGCUCACCGAGAUAUCAAAUGCGAAAACGUCCUCCUCACAGCCAACCAGAAUGCCAAACUUUCUGACUUCGGCUUCGCUCGGAUGUGCGUCGACAAAAAACUCAAUGACGUCAGCAGCGAAACGUUCUGCGGCUCUUUGUCCUACACGGCCCCGGAAAUUCUGCAAGGAUCCCCAUACUUUCCCAAGCCUACGGACAUUUGGUCGCUCGGAAUAGUUCUGUAUGUCAUGUUGAAUAGAGCGAUGCCGUUCGAAGACAAACACAUAAAACAGCUUUAUCAGGCGCAAGUGAAUAGGAAUUGGAAAUUCCGCUCGCGCUACGUCGAUUCCAUAUCAGAAAAUUGUAAACGAUGUGUAGUGCGUAUGUUAGAACCUAAUUGUUUGAACAGGCUCAAAGUAGAUCAGUUAAUAAAUAGCGAAUGGAUUGCUAUGGACUCGAGAUUGUUAGAAUGGAGCCCUCAGGAAACUAUGGCGUACAAAAAGGCGUUAGAGGAGAAAAGCCAUUUGAUGAAGAGCUUGGAUAACGCUGAACACAACUCAAAGGACAGAGAUCCUAACUGUGUACCAAACACGUCUUUAGUUAAGCCUUCUAUGGAAAUCACCGGCUCUACAUCUUCUUGUAAAGAAGAAAUAAUGAUGAGAGACCGAAUUACAUAAAUGGGUCGAAAUUCCGAAAAGGUCGAUCUCAACACAACUCAAUCCGAUCUCGCUGUCCUACAAGAAAAGGGAUUUAUUUUAGAGAAAGUCGUCGGUGAGGGGUCAUAUGCAAAGGUAUACAAAUCAACUUACAUGGUGGACGAAACUAGACACACAGUGAUGGCGUGCAAAGUAAUAGACACUGCGCAGGCGCCACGGGACUACCUCACAAAGUUUCUUCCCCGUGAACUAGACGUUCUGAUCAGAGUC